UGCUCACUUAGCUUUCGUACUCGGCGAUGAUGAUCUAGAUCCCGCUGGGGAGGUGGCGCCGCAGGGAUAUAUCGCGUGCCGGGGACCGGCGUGCGAGCGGUGGCCCAGCCCUUUGGAUCUUUCUGGCGCUGGGUGGAGUAGCCCCUGGCGGUACCAACGCGGAGGGCGUGCUCAGUAGCCGCCGCUUCCCUUGGCUCCACCUGCUGGAUACCACCCGGUGAGGGCCGCGAACUCGCGAGCAGAGCGGGGAGGGCGGGCUUCAGGAGGAGGAGCCGGGGGGCACGGCCGCAGGACGCCCGCCCUCCGGGAGUGGCCACUAACUUGACCCAGCUGGCGUUCACGAGACGGCGGAGUCGCUGUCCCUGCAGCCCCGCCACGCUGCGCCCUUUCAGGCUGCCGCUCCCACCCUGACGCCACGCAGCGCCCUUUCAGGCUGCAGCUCCUACCCUGACGCCAGCGCCUUGCCCGGAGCAGCUCCUGACCCGGGAGCCCCGGCUACGGCCAGGGGCAUGAGGCUCGCCGAGCACCCACGCCGAGGCCGUGCAGACCCGCGAUGGCUGCACAGCUACGCCGCCCCUGUGUAGGGUGAACACAAGACCCGAGGAGUGCUGAAAGGGGCCAGUGGUUGUCAGAGCGGCCCGAGAGGAAGCCUGGUCACCGCUGCCGUCAACAACCCUGUGCUGUUUCCCAAAGAUGCUGUGGACGUCGUCUUAAUUAACACCACUCGCCUUCAGUCCGCCAAAGCUUUUCAUCAUGGGCUGCAUGAAGUCCAAGGAAGCGUUCCCCUUUCCAACCACAUUAGACAUCCACAAGCUACAUGAGAGCGAAAUAGCUUUCAUGCCCGAUGACAGCUGUCAGACCAGGACCCCUUCUCCAGUUAGACCCCAAGUCCAAGAGGAAGUGAAGACACUCCCGGAGCCCAGUCCCGUGGUCCUCGAGUUCGCAGAGCAUCUGGCCAAUGAGAUCGUGCAGGAUGCGUUGCAGCAGUGGGCGUGCGAGAACAUCAAGUACUACAACAUCCCCUACAUCGAGAGCGAGGGCUCGGACACGGCCAUUGCCACCGGCUGACGGCGUUCCGCUAGGCUCUGGCUGCGUUUGCUUUCAGAUACCUGGCCACUCCGCUAAUUUUACUAAGCCAUGGGAAGCAUAGUACCCCGCUACACCUGCAAUCCAGUAGCUCACAGAACUACAGCAACCCCUCCUGUGCCUGGCUCUGCACAGACGUCCCUCCCAGAAGUACAGGCUCCAGUUUGCAGAGCAGCACAGCUUCCAGCAUCUGUGCUGAUGACUCGGGUCACCCGGUUCUCACUCAUCUGGUUUCUCCUAUGAGGUCACCUGGUGCAAGGUUUCUUGUUAUUCAAAAUAUACAAUUAAGUAUAUAAAGUAUGUAUGCUGGUCAUAACAAGAAGACAUGUACACAGAGAUAACAGCAAGUGGGUUGGGGUUACACGUGAGUAUUUCAACUUCUCGUUUCUUCCUUGUUGACCCCCACCCCCCAGGGUGGAGCAAAGGUGUCUGCCAGGUCUGCAUCUAGCUAGAGGUCUGCUCCCAGCUGCCACCCCCUUUCAGCAAGUAUGAACGGUUUGAGCGUGAAGUAAGCACUGUGCCCUCACCUAGUCAGGCUUUAACGAUAUAGAAUAUAUGAGAAUUGCACAUCCGCCCAUGAACAAGGAACCACAAGGCUUACCUAGUAGGUGGAUAAACCAUGUGUGACGAAGGAGUUGAGCAAACUUUAUACCACACUGGAUAGUUGUCAGGACAGCGUUUGCACUUAGCGAGACACCGUUGAUAAGAAAUCAGCCUCCUUUCAUGCCUUCACAUUAAACAUCUGAUCCUCAUUUGAAAUCUUUCAUUAAGGAGAGAUGAGCGAGAAGGGAGGCCCAUAAGCAGACGGCGGACUCCUUCGGUACUGGACUCAUAGCACGGUGCUCAUAGCAUCCGUGUACGGGCGGAGGGAUGCUAUCAGCACACGGUCUCCCAGAGGCAACCGUGGAGGGAGAUCAGUGGAGGAAAUCAACGUGCCAAUCCUUAUGUACCAAGACUCUAAAUGCCACAAUGCGCUUUGCUGUAGUCUCUGGUACCGUCACCUUUUGGUCACGGGCCUUCGAUCUAGAACUCUCCCAUCUUAGCUGCCUUAUCAGUUCUUUGCAAACUACCUACACCUGUUAUCACUUAAAGCACAAUUUUCAAGGGGACACACAGGAUUGUCUUAAGCCCAAAGGACUUUGUAUCAAAUGUCCCCUAGGCAUUAAAAUAAAUGCAC